AUGGCGUAUAUCCAGGCCGCUUCCACACCCGCCAUUAUAGUUCUCAUCGUUGUUAUUGUGUUUGUGAGUCCCAAUUAUGGCUCUUGGCUUGAAUCAUAUACUGACCGGAAUCAGACCAAAAUCUAUCGGGUUUAUACUGGCCCUCUUGCACAUCUCCCUGGCCCUGCCAUUUCAAAAUGGACAGGGCUGGUUCUGCAAAGACAUCUGUUCGCAGGGGAUAGGCCACGUUAUGUCCAGAACCUACAUAAAAAAUAUGGUCCGAUUGUUCGCAUCAGCCCCGAUGAACUUGAUGUCAGUGACAGUGCGGCAGCAAAAGCAAUUCACAAGGUGGCCAGUCGAUUUUACAAAGGUCGAUUUUAUGAACAUAUUGGUCACCGUAGUCCCAAGACUCUCUUCAGCUCAACGGAUCCUCAAUUUCAUGCAUAUCGACGUCGGCUACUGGGUGGGCCUAUGUCUGAAACCUCAAUUCGACAGCAUGAGUCUGCCGUAACCCAGAAAGUAAAACUAUGCAUUGAUCAAAUGACCAGGGAAGCUGAAAGUCGGGGCUGUAUAGAUGUCUUUAAGUGGUGGUGCUUUCUUGCGACGGACACAAUCGGUGAGCUGAGCUUCGGCGAAUCCUUCAGAAUGCUUGAGAAAGGAGAGAAAAGUCAAUACUCACUAGACCUUGAGAAGGUUUCGACUCUGAUGAUUAUUCGUACGACAUUUCCAUUCCUGUCUCGGGUUGCAGAAUAUGUGCCACUGCCAUACUUCAAGCAAGCUGCUCAGUGUGGAAAAAGGAUGGGCGGAUAUACUGCGGAGUCUAUCCAACGGUACAAGAAGCAUGUCGAGAUACAUGGCGAUAAUGUAAAACCCACCCUAUUUACCAACUUGAUCAACAAGGGCCACCACGAAGGUAGUUUGACAGAGGCUGAGAUCAGACUGGAAGCAGGGGGAUACAUUGUAGCUGGCAGUGACACCUCAGCUAUAUCUUUAACCUACUUGGUCUGGGCUGUCUGCAAAAACCAUUAUAUUCGAGAAUCGCUGGUUGCCGAAAUUGCGACACUCCAGGAUGAUUUCACAGACGAGGACUUGCGUCUUUUAUCUUACACACGCAGGGUCAUCGAUGAGACAUUGAGACUAUACCCGGCUGUGCCAGGGGCGUUGCCACGAGCGGUGCCGCCAGAGGGCGCGAAACUGGUCAAUCAUUUCAUUCCAGGGGGAGUGACUGUUUCAACGCAGGUAUACAGUCUUCAUCGAGAUCCAGAGAUUUUUCCCAAUCCUGAAAGUUUCGACCCUGAUAGAUGGAUCAACCCCACAAAAGAGAUGAAAGAGUCCUUCAUGCCUUUUGGAGGCGGCUCCCGGACCUGCAUUGGUAUGCAUCUUGCGCGUAUGGAACUACGUCUCGCAACGGCGCAUUUCUUCCGUCGCUUUACUAGCCCCAAGGUGUCGAGUAAGGAAGGUUUUACCGACGAUGAUAUGUAUCAGCACAUGUACUUCCUUGUGUCCCCAAAAGGUCAUCGGUGCUUGAUAGAUAACUAG